GACCUGAAUAAAUUUACUCUUCAUUCAUAAGUGUGUGUACUCAGGUGAAGCGUGUGAUCGUCCGAGAAAAUGUUACAAGAGUGGCACCACUGUCUGUGUAACCUGGUCAGGGGUGACACGGGAUCAAACACAGGUUACAGCGCCCAGUCAGGGCAAUGAAAACGUACAAGAGGAGUCGAAAGAAAAUCGUCAAGCGUGUGAAACACGUUUAAAUCGGAAUCGUUGUUUAUAUUCCUGAUCAUAAUUUGGAGUUCUCCCACGGGCAACAUGUUUCGUAAAAGUAUAAUCUCCUUGUUAACUUUAGCGAAGCCAGAACGAGUUGUAGACUCACAGGAUUAACAUUCAAUGAUUUACAUAGGAUUACAAUGGCGAGAAGAUAUGGCUGUCGGUGGAAACUUCAAAAGUUAGCCGGCCUUGUUUUUGGACUUUGUUUUGGAAUUUUGCUUUCUUCUUGGUGUCGUCAUAGUUUAUUUCCAUGUGGAACCCAGAAGGACCGGUGCUGUAUACACAUCAACUACCGUGUUAACAUAGCUGUAGAACAUUUCCAUGUACCGGAACAGCUUCCCCAAAGGACACUACCAAUAAUCGAAAACAAAGAUUUUCAACUUGACAAGUACAUUAAACCAGAGGAGAGAGGAUUUUUGUUAAUUGGUGUUAUAACUGCUAAGAAGUUUCUUGACACUCGUGCUGUGGCUGCCUUUGAAACCUGGACCAGCACCUGCCAGGGAUUUUGCCGAGUACUCUUUUUUUCCAGUGAGGGUUCUUCCUCUCAUAAAGUACCUGUCAUCAGUCUUGAUGGAGUUGAUGAUUCCUAUCCACCCCAGAGAAAGUCGCUGCUUAUGAUUAAAUACAUGCAUGAUAAGUACAUCAAUAACUUUGAGUGGUACAUGAGAGCAGAUGACGAUGUCUUCAUUAAAGGGGAUCGCCUUGAAAAGUUAUUGCGAUCUAUCAAUAGCUCUGUGCCCCAGUAUAUUGGGCAGGCAGGAAUUGGUAAAAAGGAAGAACUUGGGAAGCUGUACUUAAACAAAAAUGAGAACUUCUGUAUGGGAGGACCGGGGGUGGUGUUCAGUCACAUGACCCUGAGGAUGAUGGCCCCACAUGUUGGAGAGUGCUUACAGAACCUGCUGACCACUCAUGAGGAUGUGGAGGUUGGGCGCUGUGUCAGGGACCACACAGGUGUGUCCUGUACCUGGGCAUUCGAGAUGCAGCGUCUGUUCUUCCAGAACUACAAAGAAGAGAAGGGAUCUUUUAGAACAACUCUGAAAGAUAAGGCUGUUAAAAAAGCUGUUACGCUGCAUUCAGUCAAAGAACCCAAACAACAGUACAAAAUACACAACUACCUCAAGUCCCUGCACAUACAAGAUCUACAACAAAAGAGCCUAUCGCUAGAACGGGAGAUUGCUAACAUUGACCGUAUGUUGGGGACCCAAACCUCGACCGGCAAGCAAGGGCUACCGCCCAGUCUCAAUAAAUUUGUACCCAAGUCUAAAUCGGACAUUCUUUCUUGGGACUAUCUUUCAAAAGCAAUUGUCUCACACAAAAAUCUUAAUCCACGUCAUGGGAUAACCUUCCCUCUUAAGGUGGCCCUUGAUGAUGUCAUCAGUCAGGUGAUUCAGAUUGUGAAUCGAAACGCUCGACAGAAGGGAAGGACAAUUGACUUCAAGGAUCUGUGGUAUGGUUACCGUAGAGUGAACCCCGUUCACGGGGCCGAUUAUGUGUUAGAUAUACUACUUACCUACAAAAAGCAUACAGGUAACAAAGUGACCGUCGCAGUGAGGAGACAUGCAUACCUACAGCAGAUGUUUGGGGAGGUCAAUAUCAUCGAAGAUCCCUUCACUGCUGGCUACCCGUCACCCUCUGAUGAAAUAGAAUACCCUGUUCUGUUCAAACAGUUUGGGGCAGGAAAUCAGACUAGUCUUUCAUACAUUGCCAAUAAAGUAGAAGAAGUCAUACAUUUUAUUCUCCCUCUGAUGGGGAGGCUUAAUAUUUUCAAACGUUUCAUGACCAACUAUGAAGAGGUCUGUUUAAAAACCGGUGCCAAAACACAGCUUCAUGUCAUCUUAUUCAAUGACAGCAAUGCAGACAUUCUUAUAAAUGUGAUUGGAGGAUAUCAAAAGACGUAUGGAGGCGAAAAAAUUGAGGUGAUAUUUGCAGAGGGUGCUUUUGCUCGUGCUAAAGCGCUGGACCUUGGAGCAGUUCAGUGUGAUCAAAAUGACUUGUUAUUUUUUAUAGAUGUAGACAUCACAUUCACUUCUAAUAUAUUACACCGAAUACGCAUGAACACCAAGCAGGGGGCACAGGUGUAUUAUCCUAUUGUGUUUAGCCAAUAUGAUACCUCAUUUCUAUGCAAUUUUUACAAAAUCAAUCCAUGUCACAUAGACAAUUUCAAUCUUUCUAUGGAUGCAGGCUAUUGGAGGAACUUUGGCUUUGGGAUAGCAAGCAUGUACAAGAGUGAUUUAGAGCUGGUAGGAGGCUUUGACACCAGUAUACAGGGCUGGGGAAAAGAGGACGUAGACUUGUACACAAAGUUUAGUGAGAGCGCAGUCCAAAUACUCCGUGCUGUGGAUCCGGACUUGGUUCACCUCUAUCAUUCUGUCCACUGUGAUUCCGAACUCAACGAUGCCCAAAUGACCAUGUGCAUCGGUUCCAAAUCAGCAAGCUAUGCCUCAAUGCAUGUCUUAGCAGAUGUGAUUCAACGAACACCAGAAAUUUUAAAUCGACAACCUGGGUCCAGAAGAUGACGCUAUAAUUUAUGAAGUUGUGCUACGAGUUAUUCAUAAUAUGUGUGCAAGUUAAUGUCUCCUGUGAGAAAUUUUACAGACUUUUUGCAAUGAAAAUGUGUGAGUGUUACUGUAUAUGUAAAUGUGAUUAUGUCCAACAAGGUAGUUAUUAAUGAGUUGCCAAGGAAAUCAGGAGGGUACCUUAAUUCUUAUCUGACCAAGAUUUAUUUUUUGUUGAUAAAGUAAUUAAUUUUGGGAAAUGGGGCUUGUUUUGAUGUUGAUAGAUUUAGCUCAUUAAUGUAACAAUGUACCUAGUACAUUAUCCAGAGCAGUAUGAUUGUAGUUGUAUUGAAUUAGCUGGAGAAUUAAGUGAUAAGCUUAUGUGUUGUAAAGGUUAGCUAGUCAUUGUGACCUCAGAUCUGUAAAUAUCAGUCAAUUUAUUUAUGGCUUUAUUUUUUACUCUAAAUUGCCAAAUGGUUGUUUACGUGUUGAGAGAGAACUUGCUAUGUACAUUUACCUUGAUAUGAGUGUGAAUUUUCAGAUUUAUCUGUGCUCUUUUUGAACUUGAUUGUUUUUGAGAACAUAAGACCUAUACUGUCUUGAGUGAACAUUUAGGGGUAAAUUUUUAAAAGUGUUAUUACUGUAAGGUGGAUACACAUGGGGUAUAUGAUAAAGAUCCUAAUGUCCAUCUUAAUUUUUCUGCAAGUAUUGGAAGGAUAAAAGUUUAUAUGAAUACUGCAACACAACUACUUUUUCCAAGUGUUAGUAAAGCAUAGUACAUGUAGAAUCCAUCUAAGUAGUAGAGAUUAGUCAGACCUUAUCUCGGAAACAGCAGGAAUCAAACCCUAUGGGCAUCAAGUGCACACAAGUGUGAUGGAAAAAAGGGGGGGGGUAGAGUGGGAACUAUCUAGUCAUUAUAUAAAUAUAUCACACAAACUUCACACAUGUCAAUCAUUUUCACUCCGUUUUUAUCAUCUGCAUAUUUUUGAUGUUCAUUCAGGCUAUUUUGAGCUCCAUAAUAUAUUCCAGAGAAUUUUCUUAACCCUUAAAUUUGCUCCAUUAAAACAGGUUGUGUAUUGAACAUUGCCAAUUUUAAAUGCUUGAUUGCUUCACAUCUAAAGGUUGAAUUUUUUUCAUGGAAGAGAAACAUGUAUAGUUUUAGGAUGUGAGAGGAAUCAGUACACUAUGUGGCAGUAAUAGGUGUUGUUACAGAUGGGUGUGUGUAAGCAUGUGCUCAUGAGUGUCCGAGUGCUAUACAGGGGUUGCUUUAAGUGGCCUAGUUAGGUUAAACAUUGUCCACUACAAAGAAAUGACCUGAAAAAUGCCACCCCACACAACAAUUUAAAAUCUCUGUUGAAAGCGAUCAUGAGUCGGACACCCCAGGCACUUGGAAGUCAGUGGUGUGUUCCAGACCGCUCUCUGCUGACGUUAAUAAUGUUGUUUUUAUUAGUUUACCCUCCUUAUCACUUCAUUCAGAGUUCUUGUUAAAACAUUUGUAAGGUGCCUUACUGAUUUGUUGAUAUUUGUUCUUGGUGACAUCAAAAUCUAUGCAUCGUUAUAUUUUUGUACUAUUGUUUAUAUAUACACCAGUAGUAUAACAUCCAGAUAUAACACAUAAGUGUAUAUCUCAGUAUUGGGGCCAGGCAGAUGAAUUUAUAAUCAAGUAUCCAUUAUUUUUCCCUUAGUUUCUGUCUCAGAUACACAAUUUUACCUUUGUAUUUUCCAUGGUGUAAUUGACACCAGCUAUUAUCAACAACCCCAAGGGUAUUUUGAACAAACUAUCUAUAUUUAUAAACAAUAUGGCCAGAAGUAACCAAUCUGCCCAAAAAUCUGGGUGUCUGUGAUAGAUGAUUUAUACAGUAGAGAUUAUAUUAACUAAAGGAAGGAGGAAGCAUUUUUAAAAUUUUUAUCAAGUUUCAGAUUUUUCUAGAUUUACAACUGGCAUUACAAUUUUAUUUGUAGAAAAUGUUGAAAUGAAUUGUAUUUAUUAUCCUUUAUUUCCUGCAAUUUUUUUCAGCAACCCAACACCAUAUAUGGCUUGGCUGACCACAGUUACCAUAGCAACUGUUUUCAAUCUAUAUUCAUAGUAUUGUUUUAUAGUAUUGUCUUGUUCAAUCAUGAACUUUUUUUGAUGUACAUUUUGCCAAAUAAAUUUCACUCCUUGACAAGUAUGAACUUGAAAAAAAAUGAAAUGGCUAUUUUACCAUAAUCAUGCAGUCUUUUAGUACACUCUGAAGUAUUUUAGCUAAAGAGGAUAGUACUAUCGAUGCAAGUUAAGUAUUGUUUGUGAUAUCAUGAAAUCCACCUGUCUAUACAUGUAUGCUUUUCACAGUUUUAGAAUUUUCUACAUCUUUGUGUUUUGUAAUGCAUGAAACUUCACUGCGAUGCAUGAUUUGUUCAUCUUUGAGGAUUUAGAAAGUAAGGAUUUUUUAUUGUAGUAUACCAUGUUUAAUAGUUCAUGGGUGUUUUGUAGAAAACUUUAAUCAUAAAGUUUAAAAGACCAUGAGUGUCAAAGCAUUAAUGUGUUCAUCUUGAUUCACAGCAAACAGUGUUUUCUAAUUAUGUUGCAAUAAAGCUGUUACUAUAUUUUCAA